GUUCGCCCAGAGCAGGAGCCGCGGUUCCGAGUGCCCUCACGCCCUCCUUCCCGAGUCACCAUGGUGGACGCCUUUGUCGGUACCUGGAAGCUGGUGGACAGCAAGAAUUUUGAUGACUACAUGAAGUCACUCGGUGUCAGCUUUGCCACCAGGCAGGUGGCCAGCAUGACCAAGCCUACCACGAUCAUUGAGAAGAAUGGGGAUAAGAUCUGCAUAAAGACACAUAGCACCUUCAAGAACACAGAGAUCAGCUUUCAGCUGGGAGUGGAGUUCGAUGAGACCACGGCAGAUGACAGGAAGGUCAAGUCAACCGUGACACUGGACGGAGGAAAACUUGUCCACGUGCAGAAGUGGGGCGGGCAGGAGACUACGCUUACAAGGGAGCUAAGUGACGGGAAACUCAUCCUGACUCUCACCCAUGGCAAUGUGGUGAGCACUCGAACUUACGAGAAGGAGGCGUGACCUGGCUGCCCCUCACUGACUGCUCCUCUGCCAACUGGCUACCCCCGACUCAGCACCACGUUGCCUCAUAUUUUUCCUCUGGCAUUUUGUAUAAAUACAAUUUGGUUGGGAUUUUUCUGGAGAUAAGGGGCUUCAACCUGGAUCCAGUUCCCACUGUGUAUGUGGUUUAUUUUUUAAAACUGUACUCAAAGGGUGCUCUGAGGUCAAUAAAGCAGAGCCAAGGCCA